AACACGGUAUGCAAGUCACCCUUACAAGGCUAGAGUAUAGCGACAUUUUGCCCUCUUUACUUUAGCGGGGUGUGCUUGGAGGUGUCAGACGUACGUUUGCGAGCUCCUGGCGCUACAAGACGAGGGAUGUACAGAAUGGCGGAUGGUAAGGAAGUGAGGGCCCUGCGGCUGAGGUACCGGAGUCUGCUGAUUGGGGUGGUGUUAGCCGGAGCCGUGCUGGCCAUAGUGAUCGGACUCGCCGUUGGCUUGACAAUACAACGAUGCAACGAGCCAAAAGAGGAAAUCGUCAGGAUCGGUUUACUGUUUUCGACCGACGACAACUCCGCUGAGGGCAUGAAGGAAGCGGCAAUGUUGGCCGUGGAUGACAUCCGUGCUCAUCGGAGGAAGAUACCAUCAGCUGCGGACAUCCAGGUUCACAGCGGGGACUACGACGGAUCUCCAGACGGGGCUCUGCAAGCUUUCCGCCGCCUGUACAGCCGACGGGGCGUGCGUCUGUUCGUGGGUCCCGACACCAGCAGCCAUGCGGUCCGUGUGGCGGAGUGGGCGAUGGAAAACGCACCAGACGUGGUCUUCAUUUCUCCGCGAGCAACAUCUGAACGACUGGCCAACGCCACAAACACAAUUCGUCUCAGCAUGGGGGACCGAGCUCUUGCCCUGGCCUUGUACCUGAAGCUGCAAAGCGACAACGUUUCCUUCGUCAUCCCGGUACACGUCGAGGACAUCUACGCUACGGACCUGGUGCAGAGGAUUCGCGACCUGGCGGACGGCAUGAUGGACCGCAUUACCGUCGGUACCAGUAUCAGCUACGCGCCGGGUACGAUCACCAACAAGGAGGAAGCGUGGGGGCUGACUGACCGACUCCGCGACGCCUUGAGGGACUACCCUGACGCAGUCGUCCUGUUUGUGUCGUAUUCAGAAGCAAGGUACAUCCUGGAAGCAGCCGGCGGCGACAGUGCACUGUUGAGGCGCAUGUGGUACACCGGGGACUCCCUGGCUCUCCGAGAGGACAUCCUGAGUUCUGAUGAAGCAAAGCUGGCUGCGCAAACGGCAAGCCUGUACGGACUGGCUUUUGCAGGGGAGGGACUUCACAGCAAACGCAGGAUGCGCAAAAUGCAGAAGCUUGCCGACCGUCUGAAACGCUCGCCUCCCGUGUAUGCUCCGCUGGCAUACGACGCAGUCAACCUGUUCUACGACUCGUGUCAGAUCGCGCGCACCACCGAUGCUCCGACGGUUCUUGCUCACCUGACCCGCGAGGCGGAGUGGCAGAACGGACUGUCCGGCAGGCUGGCGAUCGACUCCACAAGAAGUCGCGCGUUCGGAGAUUACCUGCAUUCGUUCGUCGCUCCACAGAUUCCAGACACCAGCAAGGUGACCGUCGCCAUGACAGGGUCCUGGAUUCUGAGCGGACUGUCGCAGGUAUCUCACAUGGACGAUGAGUCUGACCAACAAGGCGACUGGGGACGUAGGAAGGAGGUACCUUCCUCUGACAUGAUGUCCAUGUCUGCUGUGAUGUCUGCUGCCAUGUCGUCUGCCUCGAUCUUCAACAAGUCUGAUGUCAUGGCACUGAAGACACUGGCUGGGAACGACUGUCGCAACUCAAAGUUUUCCGUCAAUGCUACGGAUCCUGCAACGUACAUGCCGGUGGAACAUGACUUUACCGAAGACACAUUUCCGGAGAUGUUCAUUGUGUCGACUGACUACGGGUACAGCCUGCAGAUGAGCUGUGACAAGCCGGAAGGACCAGUGACGCUGGACGUACUCUGCCCACCAAGUAUCAAUCCUGGUGACAGCAUGGAAUGCGUACAGACCAUCACUUAUCCUGUUUCUGAUCAGGGUGGUCGCCGCCGCCUACUGUUGUCGCAGGCCACAUUAGGUGCUUUCGGAGAAUGUGUUGGUGACUCUGUUGGAUGCGGUAUUUGCUUCGGAGUCGGGGCACUCUCCAACGGUGCUGCAGGUGCGAUUGCUUGCAUCACGCCCUGCACGCUCAGUAUUGGAGGAGCCUGCGGUAAUGCUAUUGCACUUGGUGUUGGUGAAGCCGUCAAUGUUCUCAGGAACACGGUGAUCUGCACAGAGCUUUUUGCCCAAGGUCACCUAGACGCCCAGACCUACCUGGCUGAUGCCGCCUUUGGUCGCCAGCUGGCUACAGAGUUCCCACACGUGAUGGAGGGGUACCACACCCUGGCCAACCCCAUCGUCUGGCUCAUGCAGAGGUCCAAGACUGCUACAUCCAUUGUCAAGACCUUCGCCCUCCCCUGGGCCCGACACAUGAGCUAUCUACAGGACAUGGUGGAUGAAGGGGACGAGUUUGGGGCUGUUAUCAUGGAGAUAGGGAUGGUCCUGAGUGGUGCAGUGGGGAGGGUCACGUGGGCAGCAAGGGCUGUCAUGGCACUACAAAAUGCCAUCCUUAUCCCUAUCCUCAUUGCCAUAGUUACCAAUGUAGCACGCUUUGCUAUGCUCAAGAACAAAGCAUGAGAUGAUAAGAGAACCUCGGGGUGUGUUGAGGUAAACCCCGGACCAAGAUCCAUCUUAAUUAGCCUUUGUAGCGGUGUACAGAAAGUGCGAAAUGGAACGAAAUGGGACGAAAUGAAACGAAAUAUGUAUGAAGUACGUUGGAACGGCGACGUUAGUGUCCGCUCGACGUCCUAACGGCAACGUUAAGUUUGAUGGUAUUCUUUUCGUUCCAUUUCGUUCCAUUUCGCACUUUCUGGGGUCCCCUUUGUAGUAUCA